AUGACUAAAGUAACGUCCUGUCUUCGCAUCCACAACCAACUGUCCUUUCAUAAUCUUAAAACAGAUUCAUUCGACAUAGAUCCCCACGAGUUCAGUUCUUCAUUUUUGCACUCGAAAAACUGUGGACAACCCACGAGCAGUGCCUCCAUUGGUAGCAGUUACAAUCAAGGGGUAACUAAGUGUAAGAUUGAUGUAAUUGACGAAGUCAGUUUGCUUCAAAUUUGUGAGGGCCAGUUUACCGAAGAAGAAAUUGACAGUGCAAGGGCGAUUUUAACAGAUAAUUCGCUCACUCGUCGUGGAGUACGAAAAGGUGACAACAAAAAUAAAAGAAACCUGCAAGAUAUUGUAAAAAUCCUCAAAGAAACUGAUCCAGCGACUCUGCCCGUUUUCGUUGCCCGCAACAUUAAUAGACUUCCACCCGUAACAUUUGAUCACGUGGAUGUAACCAGCCUCCUAAAGGACAUAGUCCUCCUAAAAAAGGAGAUCAUUCACAUCAAAAGUGAUUGUGCGAAACAAUCGGACGUCGAUUCACUACGUAAAGAGAUAAAUCAACACAUUGAACGCUCGAAACUUCCAACUACCAACGUGAGCGGGGAGCGGCCUGAGGGGGACGAGGUGCAUCACUUGCCGGUGGCGCAGGCGCAGCGCGCCGCGGCCGCCGCUGCCGUGCCCGCUCCACUCAGUCAGAUAAGGAGUGCUACGAGUAACGACGUGUGUAUGACUAGGAAGCGUUUAGCGGGACGAACAGCUGAUUCGUUACGCGCGCCUAACUGUGUAACUAAUAAGCAAGAGGGUUUAAUAAAGGAAAGCUCUGAUAAGGAUUUUGUACCGGUCACAUAUAAAAAGAAAAAAAACAGGAACAGGGAGGGUCGUGCUGUAGUUCAGGAACAAGAUUCUAUUAUCCAAGCCGCACCGAGAACCUUCUGUUUGUACGUUUCUCGCUUAGAUAUAUCGUCAACUAACGAUAAGCUCGCAGACUACAUCAAAUCAAAAGGUGAAAGCGCGGUGUCUAUUGAACGUAUUGAACCGUAUAAAGAAACCUCUUUUGCUUCCUUUAAGCGCACGGUACCUCCGCAGUAG